CAGUAAACAUGCAACCCACCUUCCUGUCGUUCGUGCUUAGCCAGUGGAAACAUCUUCCGGCACCUCUGCACGCCGACCUCUCGGGAAAAACUGUCGUUGUCGUCGGUGCCAACACGGGCAUUGGACUCGAGGCCGCGAAGCACUUCGCGCAGAUGCGCCCUGAGAGGCUGAUCAUCGCGUGUAGAAGCGAGGCUAAGGGACGCACUGCUGUCGAAUAUAUUGCGCGGGAGACAGGAUACAGCGCCGAGUUGCAAUUGGUUGAUCUUGCAGACUUUGCGUCGGUUAAGGCGUUUACUACACACUUGAAAGACGACGCGGUCGAUAUCCUUGUCGCAAACGCAGCUAUCGCGCAGCCCGAGUAUCUCACUACGAAAGACGGAUGGGAGCAGGCCCUGCAAGUGAACCACCUUUCCACUGCGCUCGUAUGCCUGCUCCUCCUGCCCAACAUGUACAAGGCGGCACAAGUGCACAACAGCCAUCCGCGGCUUGUUAUCACUACGAGUGGAUUGCAUAUGGGGGUGCGCUUUGACGAGGAUCUCUCAUCUAAGCCGAACCUCCUACGCGCAUUGAACAGUCCUGAGGUCUGCACCUCGGGGCGUUUUCAGACGCGAUAUAAUGAUAGCAAGCUGCUCAACGUCCUCUUCGUUCGCGCACUUGCCGCGCACAUGCCAGCGACGUCACCGCUUGUCCCUGCGUGCGCCUGCCCAGGCUACUGUGUCUCCGAGCUGCGGCGCAAUUUCGCGUUCUCGACCCGAGUCAUGUACAAGCUCAUGGAACUUACACUCGGACGGACUGCCGAACAGGGUUCGCGGCAGAUCUUGUACGCGGCGCUGGGCCCCGACGGGCAUGAUGGUAAUCAUAGUCGAUAUUUGAGAGGCAUGUACGUCGCACAUAGCGAGGUGUCCGAGCCGGGGGACUACGUUAUCAGCAGAGAAGGGGUAGAGCUGCAAGAGAGAAUAUGGCGAGAGACGUUGGACAUCCUUGCAGAGGCGGCCCCGGAGGUGCGGCAAAUUGCGGAUGAGUUCUGCUAAGAGCUCUCAUAGACCUUGUUGUUAUUUGCUUCUACAUAUGAUAUCCUGGUCACCGUG